UAUAAAUACUCUUCCACACCCACACGACCAAACCCAUCAAUCCUUCUAUCAAACUUCAAAACCUCUUCUCAAAACAAACCUCAUCAAUUAUUACAAACAAGAAAUAAUCCGACUACUUGAGAUUGAAAGAUGGAAAACAUGAUGAACAGCCACCAAGUGGAAACCCCGACAUACUGCGCUAAGGGUUGUGGAUUCUUUGGAACAGCGGCGACAAUGAACAUGUGUUCAAAGUGUUACCGAGACCACCGACUUAAAGAGGACCAAUCCGUCACCGUUAGAGCCGCCGUUGAGAAAUCGUUAUCAUCGACAUCUUUGUUGAUACAUGAAUCAGUAAGUGAGGAACCGAAACAGAAGUCCGAUGAAGCGGUGGUUGUGUCGGCGGAGAGCUCGACAAAGGCGGCGAAUAGGUGUAUGAGUUGUAACAAGAAGGUCGGAGUUGUCGGGUUUAAGUGUAAGUGUGGGUCCACUUUCUGUGGGUCCCAUAGGUUUCCAGAAGAGCAUAGUUGUACUUACGAUUUUAAGGUUGCUGCUGAAGUUGUCAUCGCUAAACAAAAUCCUAAGAUUGUUGCGAAUAAGUUGCAGAGGAUAUGAAAUUCUGAAUUUCUUGUAUUUUUUUAGAUUUUUAUGAAUUGAAUUUGCACUUGUUUUUUAUAAUUUGAUUAUUUUUCAAGAAUUAAGAAAAUUAUAGAGAUUUAGUUUAUUUAUGUCGUUCUUUUUUAAUUUGCGGUCUUGUGGUAUCAUUAUCCUGGUUGUUUGUGAUAACCUUGAAAAAAUUGUUGUAAGAGAUUAGAGAUUGAUGAUAGGUGAGUAAGCAUUUA